AUGGCUCACAACGCUUUGGAUGAAAAGGAAAUUUCACCAAUCGCGAAAAGCCCCGAGGUAUUAACUGCUGCCUCAUCCGAAGGCGGUACCAAGCCAAAGGCGACUUGCUUACAGCAACACUUCAGCGAGGAGAGCCGCAACUUCCAAGGAUCCGCCCUCACGAAGACAACGAGACUGCUCUCUAACUUCAUCCCACUUGGCACUGGCCAGCCACACGCUGAGCUUUAUCCAUGGACCAGCAGUGACGCGAACUGGCCAACAUCUCUCAACAAACCAGGUGGGCCUGAGGAUAGAGCCAGAGUCCCAUCCACAUACACUCUCGCCAAUGCAUUGACCUAUGGUACCGCGUUGGGCGCGCCGUCGCUUGCCGUCUAUCUCACUUGCGGAUCAACUUCUGCACUCGACAUCAUCUUCCGCACAUUCACCGACCGUGGAGAUGUCAUCUUGGCAGAAGAAUAUUCAUACCCUGGCUUUAUCGAAUCAUCAGCCCUUGCAGGAGUCGGCAUACAACCAGUUGAUCUUGACGACCAAGGUUUAAGUCCCCACAAACUUGGCCAGAUUCUAGACCAGUGGAACACACUCGAACGGCCGAAGCCCAAGGUUUUAUAUACUAUUCCCUCCGGCCAGAAUCCCACUGGCGUAACACAAAGUCAAGAGCGCCGCCGGGCAAUCUAUGAAAUUGCUGAGCGUCACGGCUUGAUCAUAAUAGAGGACGACCCCUAUUACUUUAUCCAGCUAGGACCCAACACGGCCAGCGAAGAUAGAAACCCCGAGGCAGUUUCUCGCCAAUUGAUUCCCUCAUAUCUUUCCAUCGACAACCAACAAGUCAUUGAUAAAUUUGCCGCAUACCAUGACUUGACUACCGUAUCGGUGAGCGGCCUAAGUCAGUUUGUUUUGCAUGAUCUCUUCAACGUCCAGUGGGGUCAAGAAGGCUUCUCAACUUGGCUUCAAACCCUGUCGCUGAAGUAUACGCAGCGACGCGAUAUAACCGUCGCUGCUUGCCAUUCCUUGUUACCCUCCGAUAUAUGCAGCUUCGCGAUUCCGGAUCAUGGCAUGUUUCUCUGGAUAUCAGUCGACAUAUGCAUGCAUCCAAUGUACGCUGCUGAAGGACGAACAGUGCAAGGGUGGUGCUCUCAGGUUGAAGACCGUAUCUUGGCCCUUGGACUAGCCAGCGGAGUUCAGGUUACCAAGGGAUCCUUAUUCUUUGCCAAAAACUCUGGCAAGGAAGCGGAAUUGUUCUUCAGACUCACAUUCGUGGCGGCUAGAGAACAGGACUUGGCCGAAGGUGUUAGAAUAUUUGCCAAUGCUGUCAAAACAGAGUUCAACUGCCGGGAAGGAUGA